GAGAGACUGCCUUCAAACCCUAAACCUUCGUUAACCCUUCAAACCCUAAACCUUCGUUAUCCCUUCAAACGUUCGAACCCACUUUAGUCGACAACAGAAAUCUGCAAUGCAAAGAACGACCAGCAGUUAUUGGGAACGACCAGCGUUUUAAAUAGCGUCUCCAGGCUGAAAUGGGUAAAGAUAAACGAGAACACGAUCUUUCUGGCAGAGGAGACCCAAAAUUGUCCACUAAUUAUAGGGCAGCUCAACAAUUUGACCACUUCGACAGAGAAGAAAGUGUUAGGGAUAGCAUACUGAGGUAUGAAGCGGAGAAGGAAUGCAUUGUGGUGGACACUGAAAAUGCAGCAGAAACGGAGCCUGAUAAAGCAGCAGAAAUGGACAUUGAUAAUUAUCUUGGUGAGUCUGACAGCACCUACAAAUGCGGCAGCGAAGAAGGCACUGAUGAUGACAGCUUCAUUGAUGGCGGGAGUGACUUCGAUGAUGAGUACGCAAGUGCGAAGCAACAGAAGAAAAUUUUAAGAAGUGCUGCAAUUGAUAGCAUUAAUGGGUUGGGGUUGGACGCCAUGCUUGAUGCUCCGGGGGGUGUUGCUAGUGUAAACGGGAAGUAUUGGGAAGGAGGGGGGGUUGGUAACUUAGAUGCCCAUGCGGGUUGCGAAGAGUCUGAACCUGGAAGUGACUAUGCGGACACUGACGACGGGCUGAUCACACCCUCUAGCAGUGAUGAGGACAGCCUAAUUCCUAAGAAGAGGAAGAAAAGAACUCGGUUGUACUAUAACCCAAAUUGCAACCACGAAGAGUUGGAAUUUAAAAUGAACAUGAUAUUUGUGAACAAGAUUCAAGUUAAACAUGCUGUACAACAGUGGGCUAUCUGCCGUGGCCACGAUGUACGUUGGAAAAGGAGUGAGCGGUUUAAGGUCGAAGCUAGAUGCGCACCUGGUUGCACAUGGAGGUUAUAUGCAAGUAGGAAACUGUCCUCCACUUCCUUUAAGAUCACAGGGCUGGAUAAUAAGCACAUGUGUCAAAGGGCGGCGAAAAAUAGACAAGCGACAUCGGAGUGGGUGGCGAAAGAGUUCAUUCAGAAGUUUAGACGACAGCCUUCAUACAAACCCCGUUACAUGGAAGCUGAUCUAAGGGAAAAAUAUUAUGGACUAGUAGUGCCCACUUCAUGUUGCUAUAGAGCAAAAACUACUGCAAUGGUUAUCAUCCGAGGGUCUCUGGAAACCCAUUACACUAGAUUCAGAGCGUACGAUGCUGAGUUGAGAAGGGCAGACCCAGAAGGUUUAUUCUGUUUUCACUUCAUUGAAGACCCAACAACUGGCGCUCCGGUUUUCCAGCGGUACUACGUUGGGUUUUCAUGUUUAAGAAAGGGGUUUAAUGCUGGUUGUCGGCCAGUGUUAUGUGUGGACGGCUGUUUCCUCAAGACACUUGUAGUUGGCGUUCUGUUAAGUGCCGUAGGCCGGGACGCGAACAACCAAAUGUACCCGGUGGCUUGGGCGAUUGCUGAAGCAGAGAACGAGGAAACCUGGACGUGGUUUAUGAACUUGUUGAUAUCAGAUCUUGGGUUCGGGGAGGGUGUGUAUUUGACUCUCAUUAGCGACCAACAAAAGGUUUUGGUUUGUCAGAAUGUUACAUUCUUUAGGAUUUAUUUGUUUAAGGUUUUGGUUUGUCAGAAUGUUACAUUCGGCUUGAAAAAUGCAAUUAAGAGUGUGGUACCUUUUGCCGAGCACCGAAAUUGCGCCCGCCAUAUUUAUGCUAACUGGAAGAAGAACCAUAAGGGCGCUGAACUGAAGCGACUGUUUUGGAAGGCUGUGAAUACACCUAAUCCUCUAGAGUUUGACAAUGUUAUGGAUUUGAUAAUGGCUGAGAAGAUGGAAGCCCACACAGAUUUCAUGAAGCAGUUGGAGAACACAUUUUGCAAAGCCUUUAUUAGGCCUAAUUUAAAGUGUGAUGCCAUUACGAGCAAUUUGGUUGAGACCUUCAACGGAUUUAUUUCUAAGCCAAGGCAACUUCAAGCAAUCAACAUGCUUGAGGAUAUUCGAUCAUCUUUGAUGGAGAGGAUGUCCGUGAAGUCGGAGUUGAUGGACAAUCAUUUUGAAGCAAUCUGUCCAAGGAUUAGAGAGCGGAUAGAUAAAAACCAGACUAUGACAAGAUUCUGUGAAGUAAAAGUUGCAAAAGGGGCAUUUCAAGUGACUUCUAGUGAUGAUCAGUAUGUGGUGAACUUAAAAAACAAGAGCUGUAGUUGUAGAGCAUGGAACAUUAGUGGCAUACCAUGUCCCCAUGCUCUGGUCUGCAUCAAUUUCAUGCGAUAUAACGUUGAGGACUACGUCGAUGAUUGCUACAAGAGGGGAAAUUAUAAGUUGGCAUAUGAAUUCUGUCUACAGCCAAUCAAUGGGUACAGACUGUGGCCCAAAGUAGGAGGCGAUGCUAUACUGCCACCGCCAUAUCGUAAGAUGCCUGGCCGUCCUAAGAAGAAUAGGAGGAGAGACCCUGACGAGGAACCUAAGAAGCCUCAGAGGUUUGCAAGAAAGGGUGUUGCAAUGACAUGCACUCAUUGCCUUGUCGAGGGACAUAACAAACGUGGCUGCCCCAAUAAGGAUAGUGCCCCUGCUGAAAGGCCUCAAAAGCGUAAGGCAGGUAGACCUAGGGGUCCAAACUGGACUCCUAAACCUCCUAGGAGUGCACCUUCUGCUUCGAAUAUGAGAAAGCAAAGAAACACAGAAAUGCUUGAGAGCACGAUUUUAGCUCAAAGGAAUGCAUCAACAUCGGAGCAAAGAAGUGAGAUCCAUACACAACUGCAAAACCAGGUUGCUGAAAAUGUUGGGAUAAGGGUGAACACAUGCUCUGGUUUCAUUUAUGCAAGGCCUGCUCCUACUGAUGGCAACACAUAUGUUCAUGGAGCAGUUUCAACGGCUGCUGCAGCUAGAAGACGUAGUAGACCGCCAAUGUCAUUGCAGGAAGGAUCGACCACCAAUGUAGGUGCCCGGGCAGCCAUAUCUUCACAGGAAGGAUCGACAACAUCUGUUAUGUUCAAGUCAACUGCAUCGCAAGCUGCGACACCGCGAUUAGGCAAACUUCCAAUGACAAAAGAAAAACAGAAGAUGCACAAGUAA